CAGUCUUUCUCCUUUUCCAGACCGUGACAAACGAUGAUGAUGAUGGCUCGAUUGGCACCAACGUUGCUCGUGGUGCUGGCCGCGAUCGUCACACUCGCUGCCGCCGACUCGUUCGACCUGCAGCAGUGCAAGUACACUACGUCCACAAACGAAAUCAUUGACAUUGCGGGCCUCCGUCAAUCCACUCCGCUCAGGGUUGGGCCGUUCCAAGACGGUUCCAUCACCUAUUACGUCUAUUACAACUUUUGCCCCAACCUUGGCAGCAGUCCCAUCCCAGCCUGCAAAAAGGAUGCUAUUAUGUGCUUGUCGACUGGCGCAGCCAUCGCAACGACUCUGACGAAUGUUGCAGGCCUCAAUGUCGAUUUUUCUGGUGAUACCGCCACAUCCUCCCGACUCCAUCUGAACUGCGACAAGAGCAUUACCGGAGCGCCCUCAAUGACCUUGACCAAGAGUAGCUUGACAUGGGUUGUCACGCUUUCUCAUCAAUGCGCGUGCCCUGGUGUUUGCCCCGUUGCGAGUGAAGGCGGCGGUAUCAGCGGUGGUUCGAUUCUUCUCGCAAUCUUCUUCCCGUCGGUGUUUGUCUACCUGGUUGUCGGUGUGCUGAUCAAGCGACGAGGUGGUGCGACUGGCACCGAUGCUAUUCCCAACAUUGCCUUCUGGCGAGAAGUUCCCGGCUUGAUCAAGGAUGGUUUCAAGUUUGUCUUCUCGUGCGGCAACUCGGGUUACACGAAGGUGUAACAAACACUCCUGUUUCUCGACCGCUCCCAAUCGCCUAUCUAUCGUUGUUCUUGUGUGUAUGUGUUGUUUGGUGUUCCAUCGUUCCCGUCUCUGAUGUCGUUUGCUUUUUCGUCCAUUCGAUUACACUAUUUU